AUGACAGACACAUUUAGAGGGGGUUCAGGGAAUUUUAAAAAGGGAUCAAAUGAUUUCAGAAGGGGAAAUAAUAACUCGGUACUUAAAGGUAGCACAUGGAAAGGAUCAAAUGGAGGAAGAGGUGGAGGAGGAAGAGGUGGGGGAGGUAGAGGUGGAGGAGGUAGAGGUGGGGGAGGUAGAGGUGGAGGAGGUAGAGGUGGAGGAGGAAGAGGUGGAGGAGGAAGAGGCGGUGGAGGAAGAGGUGGUGGAGGAAAUAGAAGUUUUAAAAAAGAUAAUAAAUCGAGUAAAGUAAUAGUAGUACCUCACAGAUUCCCAGGUGUGUAUUUAUUAAAAGGAAAAUCGGAUAUAUUAGUUACCAAAAAUUUAGUACCUGGAGAGAGUGUAUAUGGGGAAAAAAGAUAUGAAGUAAUGGAUGAAAAUGAGAAAAUCGAAUAUCGAGUCUGGAAUCCAUUUCGUUCUAAAUUAGGAGCUUGUUUAAUGGGUGGAGUAGGUAACAUGCCAAUAAAACCAGGAAGUAAAGUCUUAUAUUUAGGUGCAGCUAAUGGAACUUCAGUUUCUCAUGUGUCUGAUAUGAUAGGAGAAGAAGGAGUUGUUUAUGCUGUUGAAUUUUCUCAUAGAUCAGGCAGAGACUUAACAAACAUGUCAAAAAAAAGAUCAAAUAUUGUUCCAAUUGUUGAAGAUGCUAGACAACCGACUAAAUAUAGAAUGUUAGUUGAUAUGGUUGAUGUUGUUUUUGCUGAUGUCGCUCAGCCGGAUCAAGCUCGUAUUGUUGCUUUAAAUGCACAUAUGUUUUUAAAAACUGGGGGAUGGUUUAUUAUUUCUAUUAAAGCUAAUUGUGUUGAUUCUACUGCUAAGCCAGAAGUUGUUUUUGCAUCUGAAAUGGAAAAGUUAAAAAAAGAAAAUUGCAAACCUAAGGAAAAAUUAACAUUAGAACCCUUUCAUCGUAAUCAUGCUAUUGUUUUAGGCCUAUACAGAUAA